UUUCGUCAGUUUAGUUAGUUUGUACAGAAACCACCACUCAGUUAAAUUAAAUAUAAAUGCAAACAAUCAAGUGCGUCGUCGUCGGUGAUGGUGCUGUCGGAAAGACCUGUUUAUUGAUCAGUUAUACUACCAACAAGUUCCCUUCAGAAUACGUCCCAACUGUUUUCGAUAACUAUGCAGUCACGGUCAUGAUUGGAGAGGACCCUUACACACUAGGUUUAUUCGAUACUGCAGGUCAAGAAGAUUACGACAGGCUGAGACCGUUAUCCUACCCUCAAACCGACGUUUUCUUAGUUUGUUUCUCCGUUACUUCACCAGCAAGUUUCGAAAACGUUAAAGAGAAAUGGUUCCCAGAAGUACACCACCAUUGCCCUGCAGUACCUUGCAUCGUCGUCGGUACACAAGUUGAUUUACGCGACGAUCCAUCCGUUAGAGAGAAGCUCGCACGACAAAAGCAGCAACCAAUCUCUGUCGAGUUGGGUGAAAGAUUAGCUAGAGAGUUAGGCGCCGUUAAAUACGUUGAAUGCUCAGCUCUUACACAGAAAGGUCUCAAGAAUGUCUUUGACGAAGCUAUCGUCGCUGCAUUAGAGCCACCAGUUGUCAAAUCAAGAUCCUCAAAACGUAAAUGUGUUAUCCUUUAAACCUACGUUCAUUCCUAUACCCUUCUUAUAAAAUAUGAAGAAAAAUUUCACCCAAUACAGCUCUCUAUUCAAUCUUUCUCACUUUCUAUAGUUUCUACAUGUCAAUAAAUCUAAUUUUUAAUUUAAUUAUACAAUUUUAUUUGUUGGUAAUGCAUUUGCC